CAUGAGUGUGUGUGUGUGUGUCAUGGUGUAUGUGGUGUGUCUGUGUGAAAACCAUACUUUUGUUGCACAUCAUUUUCGGUUUGUUGGUUGUGCUGCGGAGUGCUGUAGUUUGUGGAGUCGGAGGGAAAUGAGAUAGUUGUAUUGACCAUGGCCGCAGCAAGCAAGAAAGCGUAUGACCUUCUCUUCAAGCUUCUUUUGAUUGGAGACAGUGGAGUUGGGAAGACGUGCGUGCUGUUCAGAUUCUCGGACGAUGCGUUCAACACGACGUUUAUUUCAACCAUUGGAAUCGAUUUCAAGAUAAAGACUGUUGAACUUGACGGCAAGAAGAUAAAGUUGCAGAUAUGGGACACUGCUGGCCAAGAGCGUUUCCACACCAUCACAACGUCUUACUACAGAGGUGCAAUGGGCAUCAUGCUGGUGUAUGAUGUGACAAAUCAGAAGUCAUUUGAUAACAUCAACAAGUGGUUGAACAACAUCAGAGAGCACGCAUCAGCAGAUGUCGAGCGAAUGUUACUGGGAAACAAAUGUGACAUGGAAGGCAAGAGAGUAAUAAGCAAAGAGCAGGGUGAAACGAUCGCAGAGGAGUAUGGGAUCCGGUUUUUCGAGACCAGUGCCAAGGCAAAUGUCAAUAUUGAAGAGGCAUUCUUAACACUUGCUCGAGAUAUCCUGAAGAAGACUCCAGUCAGCAAACCAGAUGGUGAUGGUGUUGCACUGACCAAGGAAGAAAAGCAGUCUAGUGGUGGAGGAUGCUGCUAGCCACGUGGUGAUGUUCUCAUUCCCUCCCAUCAACAACACUCUUUUAGUCACAGCGGAGCGGCAGAUCUGCUUGUGAUCAGAAUGCACGCAGCUGUGGCCACCACUGUCGCAUGCUGUGCUGAGAGCACGGAUGCGAGCGCAACACUCUCCACUGCUAUGGAAUGCACAGUGCCAUGAGCCGCCGCCGCUGCCUCCCCUUCCCCCUUGUGUCUGCGUGCACCACCCGUACGUGUGUAUGUGUUCGUCACCUCCUGUCUUGCUGUCCGUGUCUCCUGCCGUCACCCUGACUUAUUUGUGCAGUUUUCUACCUGAUGAGUUGACUGCUCGAAUGGUGGUCACCAUCACUGGCUUGGUAGCACUUGUUUCCUCCUUUGCUGUGUUCAAAUCCUUAUUGUAUAUGAUUGCUUAAUAACUAUGGAUAACUUGCGCAAAUGGCGGUGAUGUACAUGUACUAUAACUUUAUGUGGUGACUUCUCUUUUCGUGUGCAUUUUCCCUGACGUGUUGUUUUUAACAUUGACCAUGUAUGCUUCUAGUCGAUGACAUGGCUGGGGCUAGUCUCAUAGCCGUGUGCCGUGUUGUUGCCUUCCGUUGCUGUGUUGAACAUAACGCCUGCGAUCAUUCUCUUAGCACAGUGCCAUUUCGUGAUGCCACAGACCCCCUCCCCUGUCUCUUUAUUUUGUCGUUGUCCCUUGUGUAUCUGCUCCUGUUCUCUCUCUCUUCUUCUUCUUCCGGUGCGACAUGUUUGUUUUCUCGGUCCGCUCAAUGUUUCCUGGCUAUUUCCCACACAAAAUCGUCUUAUUCGGGCGUCUUUCGACAUUUCUUUGCACAUGCUCAAUUGACAUGAUGCCGCAACGUGGUUCAGCAUUGUGUUGCGCGCAUGCUGCCUGAUCCUAUCCUUACUACUACGCAAAGAGAUUUGCUUUGUUUUCGUUCUUUUUCUUAUCUUUUGCAUAAUUAUGUAUAAUGUGAUGUUCCGCGCGUGAGCAUAGGUUGAUUUUUCCUCCGGUAGACGUGUCUUGGUAUGGUUGUAGUGAUUUGUGUGCGCCCACGCUAGUGCUAAGCCUAGCUGAGCGCCUAGUGCUUCACAGCUAUGUCGAUGAUCAUUUAUAUCAGUUUCUGUGAAGCGUC